AUGCGGUGGACAAGCGUGCUCGCCCUAAUGGGCAUGAGUGCCCUCAUUCAAGCACAGGAUACAUUCAUCAACCCCGUCCUCUGGGAAGACCUAGCAGACAUCGACGUAAUCCGCGUCAACGACACAUUCUACUACUCCGCCUCAACAAUGCACUACUCCCCUGGUGCCCCGGUGCUACGAUCCUACAACCUCGCCGACUGGGAAUACAUCGGCCACUCCGUGCCCACACUCGACUGGGCCUCCGAUUACUCCCUCGAGAACGGUAAACGGGCCUACGUACGCGGCAUCUGGGCCUCAACAAUCCAAUACCGACCCAGCACCCAGACCUUCUUCUGGCUCGGCUGCAUCGACUCCAGCACGACGUACAUCUACACGGCCGACACGGCGGAAGGCCCCUGGAAGAAAUCCGGCACCAUCCCGUCCUGCUACUACGAUGCCGGACUGCUCGUCGACGCCGACGACACCAUGUACGUCGCCUACGACAAGUACAACAUCUCGGUCGCGCAGCUCUCCGAGGACGGUCUCAGCGAAGUCAAAAGCGAAGUCGUGUACCGCGCGCCCGACGACAUCGGAUAUCUCGAGGGCGCACGCUUCUACAACAUCAACGGAAACCAUUACAUCUGGCUCACGCGGCCUGCGAGCGACCAGUUCGUGCUGAAAUCUACCUCGGGGCCCUUUGGCCCGUACGAACUCCGCGAGGUCGUCAUCGGAGUCGAUGCCCCUGUUGCGGGAGCAGGGAGUCCACACCAAGGGGCAUUGGUCGACACCCCCUCCGGAGACUGGUACUAUAUGGCCUUCAUCGACGCGUACCCCGGGGGUCGCAUCCCGGUGCUCGCGCCAGUCGAAUGGGACGAGGAUGGCUGGCCAUCUGUAACGCUCGAUAACGGCGCCUGGGGAUCUUCAUACCCAUUACCCUCGGUAUCAACCGACAAGACCAUCACCCCGAUCCCGACCUCCUAUACAUUCGAGGAGUCGGCUCUCAGCGCAGAAUGGGAAUGGAACCAUAACCCCGACACCGAGAAAUGGUCUCUCGACAGCGGCCUGAUCCUGAAAACCGCAACCGUGACAGACGACCUCUACUCGGCUCGAAACACACUAACGCGACGCAUCCCCGGCCCGAAAUCCAGCGCUACCAUCCAUCUCGACAUAUCGAAGAUGAGCAACGGCGAUCGUGCAGGCCUUUCGCUCUUCCGAGACACGUCAGCAUGGAUCGGUAUCCGACGGGACGAGGGAGGAUCCCGAGUCAGCAUGACGAGUGGGUUGACGAUGGAUGCGAACUGGAACACGAAGUCGAAGGGUAGCGAGGAGGCCGGUACAGACAUCUCGGGGGAUGAGAUCUGGUUGCGCGCUACGAUUGAUAUCACCCCUGGAACUGAGCGAAAGGGGUCGUUUGCGUAUAGCACGGACGGGUCGUCGUUUACAGACCUUGGGGGCGAGUUGACGCUGAAUAGCGAUUGGCCGUUCUUUUUGGGGUAUCGGUAUGGGAUCUUUAACUAUGCGACUGAGGAGCUUGGGGGGCAGGUUACGGUGAAGAAGUUUGAGUUGGGGUCUGAGUGA